AUGGCCGCCCGAAUAGCUGCGCGGCUGCUAAGGGGUUCCGCCAGCCGCAAAGGACCUGACGUGGCAUUCGCAGCAGCAGCAAGCGGAAAUGCAGCCGAGGGUGUUUCCGCAGGCUCGGAAGGUGCAGUAGGUUCGGCAAGCGCAGCCUCGGAAAGCGGAAAUCCAGCCUCAGGAGCGGAUGUAGCAGCGGGGGAGGUGAUCGGCGCGGGGGAAGAAGCGGGGGAGGCGGAGUGGGGAACGUACCGCGACAGGCGCGUGGCGGUGCGGAGCUUCAGCGGGGAGGCGCGCGGAGAGGCGGUGCUGGAUGGGACUAUAUUCGACGUGCCUGUACGGAGAGACAUCGUGCACCGCGUGGUGCUCUGGCAGCUCGCGAAGCGCCGCCAGGGCAUGCACAGCACGAAGCGCGCGUGCGAGGUGCGGGGGUCGUCCAGCAAGCCGUGGAAGCAGAAGGGCACGGGGCGCGCCCGACACGGGUCCCGCCGAGGGCCGCAGUUCCGCGGUGGAGCCGCCAUGCACGGCCCCAAGCCGCGCUCGCACGCCUUCUCGCUCAACAAGAAGGUCCGCGCACUCGGGCUCAAAGCAGCGCUGUCGGCGCGGCUGAGGGAAGGACAGCUGGUCCUAUACUCUGAUUUGGAUCCGGGCAGCCCGAAAACGAAAGUCAUGGCGCAGCACAUUGCCACGGCGUUCCCUGAGUCAAAGAAGAUCCUUUUCGUCGACGGGUCGCAACGGGCAGAUGAAACUUUGCUGCGGGCAUCUGGGAACCUGCACUAUGUGAAUGUUCUGCCAGUUGUGGGUCUGAACGUGUACAGCAUUGUGCAGCAUGAUGCCCUUGUGCUCUCGCUGCCGGCCCUGCAAGCCCUGGAGCACCGCCUCCUCUCCGCCAAGCGCCAGGUUCGGCCAGGCCUGGAGGAGAAGCUCUGCGCUGCUGCAGCUGCCACGGCCUGA